CGUAGUACGAAUACAGCGACAAAGCGUCACGCAUGCUCGAACGCGUUUUAAAUGUCAAAACCAAUUGAAUUUGUCUGCGCUGAUGCAUUCCGGUUGGAAAGAUUCGCACGGGUACUGGUACUGGUACUGAUUGGUACUGAUUCGCACAAGUUACGUUCCUUACGCCUUACGCGUACCUCGUUAGGAUAUCAGAACGUAUCAUGGCCAAGCCGUGUUAUAAAUUGAGGACAUCACUUUUCGGACACACGUCCGAUGUGAGGGCCGUGGCAACAUUCGCCGAUGGAACUAUUAUAUCAACCUCCCGCGACAAAACAGCUCUUGUAUGGAAACCGUCCGGAAAUGGUAAGGAUUAUGUGCACACAGCGACACUGAAAGGACAUUCUAAUUUCGUUAGCUCGGUAUGCGUUAUAAAUCCAACAGAAAGAAAUCCUACGGGAUUCAUUAUAACUGGCAGCAACGAUAAAACCAUAUGCAUUUAUGUACCAGAUCAAAUAGAACCUGUCAACAUAUUAAAAGCUCAUCAAGAUACAGUGUGCAAAUUGAGAACAGGUAAAAAAGAAGGAACAUUCCUUUCGAGUUCGUGGGACUUGAGUGCUAAACUAUGGAACACUAACGAUUUGAGUAAACCACAGCUGAAUUUGGUGGGUCACACAGCUGCCGUAUGGUGUGUGUCAGAUUUAUUGAAUGGAUCCAUAAUAACUGGAUCGGCGGAUAAAUUGGUUAUAGUAUGGACAGAAGAUGGUUCCAUACACCAUAAGUUAUCUGGUCAUACCGAUUGUGUUCGUGAUAUUUGCGUAAUAAAUAGCAAUGAAUUUUUAACGUGUUCCAAUGAUGCUACUGUGCGUCAUUGGAACGCAUCUCUUGGAAGCUGUUUAGGAACAUACAAUGGACAUGAAAAUUAUAUUUAUAGUAUUUUGGCUAAAGACAAUGGUACAAGUGUAUUUACUUCGGGUGAAGACAGAACUAUUAGGGUAUGGCAUAAUAGUGAAAUAAGUCAAACUAUUACAUUGCCGACUCAGUCGGUAUGGUGUAUCGAUUUAUUUCCUAAUGGUGACAUAGUUGCUGGAAGUUCUGAUGGUAUUGUUAGGAUAUUUUCAUGCGAUCCAGAGCGAUAUGCGGAUGAAAAAGCAUUGCAAGAAUUUGAGCAGGAGACAGCCAAAACUAAGCUGAAUGCUCAACUAGAACUGGGUGGGAUUAAAAUUAAAGAUUUACCAGGUACAAAUGCGUUGGAAGAGCCUGGUCAAAGAGAUGGACAAACAAAAAUUGUAAACGACGGAAAUAUAGUAAGUGCGUAUAGCUGGUCACAAAACGAACAGAGAUGGAUAAAAAUUGGAGAUGUCAUGGGUGCAACGGGUGGUACUGCAGCUACAUCUGGAAAACGACUUCAUAAUGGAGUAGAAUACGAUUAUGUGUUCUCAGUUGACAUACAAGAUGGUGUUCCUCCAUUAAAGCUACCGUACAACGAAGGUCAGGAUCCUUGGCAUGUUGCACAGAGGUUUCUUUAUGACAAUGAUCUUAGUCAAUUAUUUUUAGAUCAGGUUGCAAAUUUCAUUAUAAAAAAUUCUCAAUCUGCACCAGUUGUAAAUGCUGGUGCCCAAUACGCAGAUCCUUUCACAGGAGGCAAUAGAUAUAUUCCACGUUCUACAGCAAAUGCCACAGAGCAAGAGGAGUCUGUGAGACCAGUAGUACACAACUCUUCCGAUUGUUCUUUAUCUCCUUCUUAUAUUCCACAUACAAAAUAUUUAAAAUUGGAACACGCUAAUCUCUCUGGUAUAUUAGAAAAAUUACGUGAAUUUAAUUCUAAACAAAACGAAGCUUCCAAAGUAUCCGAUGAUAAAUUAGACAGUUUGGUAACACUCACGGCAAGUCAAGCUUCUGAACAAUCAGCAGCCGAUGUGUUGAGUACUUUCAAGAUACUUUUAAAUUGGCCGGACGAUGUAUUAUUUCCUGUGCUCGAUAUAACAAGACUCGCUGUGCUCUAUAAAGAAAUCAAUGAUGUACUGUGUACAGAUGAUUUAUUGCAAAUUAUAAAAAAACACAUCAAGCCUGAGGCGUCUGCUUCUAAUCAAAUGCUCACAUUUCGUUUAUUAGUGAACAUGUUUUCUCAUGAGAAAGGAGAGAAACUCUGUUAUAAUAGUAAAGAUGAAAUAUUAACGCUUCUAUCAAAUUUGAAAUCCCUUGGAAGUAAAAAUAAUCAGGUCGCAGUAUCAACUUAUAUAUUGAAUUUAACCGUGGCCUUAAAUAAGUACAACGAUGCAGUUGGUAGGGUACAAUGCUUGAAUGUAAUGUUUUCUGUUUUACCUCAUUUAAACGAACCCGAAGCGCUAUUUAGAACUCUUGUGGGACUAGGAACACUUUUAUAUACAUCUGACUCGAAGGAUCGUAGUAACUUGAUUAAAGCGAUACACGAAUCCGAAGUUGCAUUAAACGUAUUGAGAACUAUGUCAGAAACGAAUGUCCCAGCGAAUACUACGAACAAGUUGGCAAAUUGUUCGAAACAAAUUAUUAGUUUAAUCUUUUGAAUAUAUAUAAGAUAUCCUAAAAAAAUUUAUAAAAAUGAAACGGCGAACACAAGACUCAAGUAAUUAAUGUUGUAAUUAACGAAUAUACUUAUCGAUAUUGCGUUAAAUAAGUUUCUUAUAUUUUAUGCAGUUUGAUGAUUUAAAAAAAAACAUUAUAAUUACUCAUUGCUAAUAAAAGUACGUUUUGCCAUAA